CUACCACAUAAUUGUUAAAAGAUUCGUCAAGAAGAAAAUUAUAGAAACGCGUGAAAGUUUUAACAUAAAAAUGAAAUAAACGAAAGUUAAUAUUCGUAAUAUGAAAUGCAAAAUAUACGGUUUAUACUAUUUUAUACAUGCAUACAUAUACUAUAUGACAUGGUACCAGAAGAAUAUGUUAUUACCAUAGUAACACAUAUUCUAGAAUCUUUACUCAACACCAAUAAGUAGUCUUAUUUAAUGUUUAAACUUUCAGUCCACUAAACGUUUGUUAAUAGUGUAUUAAUAUGUGGUGGGGAUACAGUCCUGCAUUAGACAUACAACUUGAAAUUAAUAAACGUGAAAUUAAUUGUAUAGGUGAAGGUCUCGAAGUAUUAAUUGUAGGUGCUGGUGACGCGAGACAUAUUGUGAAGACAUUAGCAUCAUGUUACUUACACGAUGAUUGUAUUAUUACGUAUAAUGUAAUUGAACCAACGUUGGAACAAGUCUGUAGAUCUAUUCUUUUAUUGAGUACUUGUUUAGAUAAAAAUCUAGGGUUACAAGAAGCAACUCGGUAUUACUUGGAAAUAUUUGGCAAUACCCUUGUAAGACCAGCAACAGCCAAGUAUUUGGGAAAGCUUUCGAAUAGUUUGAUAGAUAUACCAACAGGUACAAUUGAUUGUCCUUGGUUAAAUUUGAAUAAAUUUAAAUAUAAGGAUAAAGAUCAAAUAGAAGCAAUUUUCAAAUUCUGGGACCGUGCAACAUGUGAAAAUGUGCCUAUCGUGGACUAUUGGGAUAAAAGAGUUAGAAAGUCAUUAAAAACAAGAUAUGAUUAUCGCAACGGUGUUUUUGACUGGGAUUACCAUAUGAUUCUGAAGUUCCGUAAUAUUUCAAAUUUAACUUUGCAGGAAUAUAGAUUUUGGAGAAACAAUGGUAUUGCAUUUACUUGGUUAGAAGGUGAACCUGUUAGAAGCAAUCCAACAUUGUUAAGUAAUAUAAUACCCCAUGGACCUGGUUUCCUACAUUAUGCUUACUUAGGAGAUAUAACAAAUGGUCCCUUUUUUACAUGGAUGUUGGAAAAUACAAACCAUAAUCGUAAAUAUAGAGCAACUGAUGUAGCUGAACUUGAAAUAAUGCGAUGUAUUCAUGAAAUAAAAACGAGAGAACCAUUGUGUGAAGACGUCUUCGCGUCACACAGAGAUCCCUCCAUUUUAAAUGGUACAUUAGUAAUUGAUCCGCCAAACAAUGAAAUGGAGCAAGAAUCAUGGAAAAGAGAAAGAACUAAACAUAAAAAGGAUAUCUCUUGGAUAGACAUUGAGAAUCAUAAGGUCAUUUUUCAUCCCAUAACAUCUAUAGAGACAUACAAAUACAAAGCUGAUUAUGUCAAUAAAUUCGACUUUUUAUGGAUAGCACACAAUAUGAUAAAACAGUUGCCUAAUCUUACUCCAAUGUUGAAAAGAGGGGCAAUUAUAAUAAUCGAACUACGGAAAUAUAUGACAGAAUACCGAGAGAAUGAUCUACAUAAUUUUAUAAAGGAAGUGAAAAAUAAUGCAGAAACAUGUGGAUUGCGUGAAAUUGUUAAUAUUGAUAUCAAAAAGCAUUGUAUUACUAAAUUUUGUAAAACUUAGAGACUCAUGAAUUAGUAAUAAAAUUUCUAUCCUUCCUCUC